CCAUCAACUACUAACUGUGCCACCGAAGGUGUUUCCGUGCGCUGGAAAGUUCGACAUCGCGGGCUGUUAAACGCGAUACGCGUUUUUACGGCACAUUCUUACCUCACCAUCUGCCAUCCCAUUGCGAAGUAUCUAGUGUUGGUGCGAACGGGAUAGCGAGACGGAUCUUGUGCUAGUGCGAAAGAGUGAAAGCUAGCAGUAGCGAGUGUUAGUCAGGAGCAGCACGUUUUGUUCAAUUCCCAGCAAUUUUGCUUUUCCCCCACGAAAAUGGCGUCGAUAGACUCCCAGUCGAAGAAUCGCAUGCAAGGAUUCAAAAACAAAGGAAAGGAUCAGGAUGAAAUGCGACGUCGACGAACGGAGGUCACAGUGGAGCUGCGCAAAAACAAACGCGAAGAAACGAUCCUCAAGCGACGUAACGUUCCUCAGACGGCAGAAUCGACGGACGAGGAGGAUUACACACUACAGUCGAAUCUGAAGAAACUGGUCGAGAAGGCUGGCAACAGCAAAGACAAAGAGGGGCAGCUGACCGCAGUUCAAGCCGCCCGUCGGCUACUGUCAUCGGAUCGCAAUCCUCCAAUUAACAAUCUCAUUGAGAGCGGCAUUCUUCCGAUUUUAGUCAAUUGUCUUGAGCAGGAUGAUAACCAGGUACUGCAGUUUGAGGCGGCCUGGGCCCUCACAAAUAUUGCGUCCGGUACGGCCGCACAAACGAACCAGGUCGUUCGUGCUGGAGCGGUUCCGCUAUUCCUGCAUCUGCUCAAUUCGCCAGCACCGAACGUGUGCGAACAGGCAGUUUGGGCGCUCGGUAAUAUCAUUGGCGAUGGGCCUAGCCUGAGGGACUACGUGAUUAAGCUGGGCGUUGUGCAGCCGCUGCUGUCCUUCAUUCAGCCGGAAAUUCCGAUUCCCUUCCUGCGCAACGUCACCUGGGUGAUUGUGAACUUGUGCCGCAACAAGGAUCCACCGCCACCGGCCGCCACGAUUCUGGAGAUUUUGCCAGCACUGAACAUGCUGAUCCACCAUACGGACAUCAACAUCCUGGUCGACACGGUGUGGGCGUUGAGCUAUCUGACCGAUGGUGGCAACGAGCAGAUUCAACUCGUAAUCGACAGCGGUGUUGUGCCGAAGCUGAUUCCGCUUCUGUCCCACGUAGAAGUGAAGGUACAGACAGCAGCGCUUCGUGCGGUGGGUAACAUCGUCACUGGAUCCGAUGAUCAGACACAGGUCGUGCUGAACUGUGACGCACUGUCGCACUUCCCCAAGCUGUUGACGCACAGUAAGGACAAGAUUCGCAAAGAAGCCGUUUGGUUUUUGUCCAACAUUACGGCAGGAAACCAGUCGCAGGUGCAGGCCGUUAUCGACGCAGGUCUGCUACCCAAGGUGAUCGAUAAUCUGAAGCACGGCGACUUCCAUACGCAAAAGGAGGCAGCUUGGGCGAUCAGCAACCUAACGAUCAGUGGCAACCGCGAGCAAGUCGCACAAUUGAUAAACGAUGGCGCUGUUCAACCGUUCUGCGAUUUGCUUAUGUGCCAGGAUUGUCAAGUUAUCAAUGUUGUACUGGACGGCAUUAACAAUAUGCUGAAAUUGGCCGGACCUCACGCAGAGCAUGUUGCCAAUUUGAUCGAGGAAUGUGACGGUGUGUCAAAAAUUGAAGUUUUGCAAAAUCACGAGAAUGUUGAAAUUUAUAAACUCGCGUACGACAUCAUCGAACAGUUCUUUUCGGAAGAUGUUGACGAAGCAGUCUUAGAAGACCUAAGACCUGCAGCCGACGAGAGCACGUUCCAGUUUAACCAGAAUCCGAACAUUCCCCGCGAUGGAUUCAACUUCUAAAAUGACAGACGGGAAGCGGAGAGAAUGGGAUUCUGCAAUCGCACAUCAUCAGAACCAUGAUACACAAGACACCGGUACCAAUAGCGAACGACAGAGGAACCAUCAGUGGUGUAUUUCGCCCAUCUUAUACGACACAGCAGACAACUACGAUACGAACACAACCAUUAGGACAUGCUUUUUGGCGCGACAACUGCAUCGAUAGUAGAGGAGCAUUUAUUUGGUAAAUUUUAUAUCUGGUCAACUAUCGCCGUAUGUGGGCCAUAGUAAACAGCAGAAGGAAAACACAUUUAAAUGGCAAUUGAUCGAGGAUCGUCCAUUUCAUCGGAAUAUUUAUUUUAGAAAUAUCUUCACCAUCUGUCACUUUUGGUGGAGAGCAGUGGAGAGUGUAUUUGUAUCUGAACUCUGCUACUCCACUUUCAAAUUGUACUUCAGCGCAACCAUGCCGAACUGCUGGUAUUGAUAACUUCUAAUUGCGUUCUGAACAACACUCGCAUGGGGGGGUGUACACUAGGUAAUGUAGCUUGAGCAUUAGCUCCGUAAAAGGGCUUAUUAUGAUUCAGGACAACGGACGCAUCAUUUUGUUGACGUAUUAGUUAACUUCCUGUCGUGAAGUGUAUCGAUCAUUCAUCUUUUAGCGUUGCUUAGUAUCGUCUAACCUUCGCUUGCAUUACUGGUCAAGGACUACCAGUAUAUAGCGUUGCAUAAUAAGGAACUUUUUGGACUAUUUUCGUGCUAAAUAUUCAUUUGUUAAAUUCAAGAGCACAUCAUCUGCUGUAUAAACCAAUGAACGUGAACUUCAUUGCAGACGUUGCACCUCUGUAGCGGUGAUUGGGCUAUCUGCUAAACCCACGAACUACAACACAUAAAUAUCGAUAUUUAUUGAAAUUCAAGGACUGAUGACUUAUCCGUAUUUUAUCUUCCUACUGACGACCUGUGUGACCGAUCCAUAGUCCGACAUCAACGACCAGAACACAAUGUGCAAGAAAUCCCUUAGCUAAAAAUGGGUGACAGGCGUGCAAAGUAGGGACUUAUCACAAAACAGAAGCAAUGUCAUUGUAUCUUUCUUAUAUAUUUACUAAGAAUCGAGAGAGGUUGAGGAAAAAUUGAACGGAGGAAUCUGGCAGCAACAUCGUUGUUAACCGAUUGGAAACCAUGUGUAGGCGAAUGAGAGCACAGUUGCAUAGACCAAGAUAUCGAAGAAACGCAAUUACAAACAGCAGCUAUCUGUUUGAUAUAGUUGAAUUCUGAACACUAUAACCUGUUCGCUUUCAUUUGAUUAACAAUGGCCUUUCGAAGGCGGCGGUAUGUGUGUAUCAGCAGACCUUCCUGGCAAAAGGGAGGAUCUCACACUUUGCACCCAGGCUGUUCGGUUCAACCAUAUAGAUGGAAGUAAGAGGAAAGAAUUAUUCGAGCAAUCCUGGAGAUAAAGGUACAACAACACUAGGAAAGCAGGACUACAACACAACAAACACGCAAAUUACUACACAAUGCACACCAAACGAGACACAUACAAGCCUAUGUGCUGUGUUGGGAAUUCUUUUACGAGCGUGCGUUUACGAAAAGCCACGAAAACAAUGAUUGUGAUUCUAUGCGGAAGAGCUAGUCGCACCAGAUGGGCUACACCUUACCGCUGUAAAUAGAUCCCACGAUACAGGAAACGAAGAAAAAGAAACUUAAUAUCUCCUCGCAGCAUCUCGACCGGAGGUAAGUUUCUCCGGAACAGGGCGAGUUUGCUGGUUGAAUUUUAAUAUGAAAUCUUUAGUUUUUUUUUCUUUCCCUUCUUAAUGUGUUAUUCGUUGCAAAGGGGGAGUGUACUCAAAAUGUCCUAGGACACGACGGUAUUGCCACCCGUUGCGUGGGCAUAUAUCGCCAGGCAGACUGCGCACCGUUGCGUGCAGUCAGAGAUGUAUAAAAACAAACAGGGCAAAUAUAUUGAAUGCUGGCAUUUUUUUAUAAAAAGAAAUGUGGUUCCCAUUCAUGGGUCAGACAUCAUGAUCAGGCGAUCGUGAUUAUUCAAACGAUUUAUCGCUUGAGGCGAGGGCUGUGUGAGGAACAAAAGCUAAUUAUUUAAGCGGAAUGUAAAGAAGAGUGAGAGAAUUAGGAAUUUUUAGAAAACCACUUCAGGAAGCGAAAGGAAGCAAGUAAUAACAGAACUCCUAGAGACAUCGGUGCCAUCAAUAAUUUGAGGCUUUACACACCGAUGUUUUGUGAUCAAAGACACUUUCUAUUGGUAGAAGUGUGCUGAUGUUGAGAGAAGAGCCGCAGGGCCGUAGGGUGUACUCAAAGGGGCAGGACAAUUUAGCAGCGAUGCCCUACGAAAGGGCUGCUCAUCGAUAACUAAUGAGCACUACCUACCGGAUGAUGGACAGCAGAUUGAGUUGUGGUUGAUUGCCUUGGCGUUCGCAUUAGGAAGCAUACUGAUAUUUUUGUAAAAUAGCAUAUUUUUUUUAAUUGAUGAUUCUACAGUGCUGCAAUGUUGCAAAUAGUAGAGCAUCGCGGAAUAUUAAUGCAAGUAUAAAGUAAUUUAUUUUCUACGACUUACUAGAAAAAUAAAACGGAACGCGGAACUAGAGCUUUUGCGGGGGAAGAUUUGCAUACACACUUACGGAUAAAUGUGCACGUCCCCUUCGGUCCUCUGUUUGGCCUCCCCAGAUCGGCGGGUGGCAGGCGUACCCCCCGAGAACGAGAGAACAGUAUAGAAAUUGUUGUAACAUAUGUCGCCAACGAACCAGCGAUCCACAAAGAAAGUCUGAUUUGAUAUGAACUUUACUGUAAAAUGGGCACGCAUAUAGAAGCACAACCAUUUUGCGGUAAGAUGUUUCUGCGUUUGCCCACUCUCCAUCUAGUUCUUUCUCUCUCUCUGAAAGCCGGACGGGCAUCCAUUCACAGUUGCAAGGAUAUCAUCCCCACGGUGUCGAAAAAGGGAGAAAACGGUACGUUUGAUUGUCGACAAGUAAUAUAUCGGCGAAAGCGCCGCGAGCGCGCGCGCGGAUGCACCGUGUGCCGAAGGGCCCGCCGCAUUCAGUUAAGCUUUAAUGAAAUGGGAAUAGUUGAUCAGCCUACGGCCAGGGCAUAAAAGAAGACGCCAGUGAUGAAACCGGGGACGUGCUCGUCGAAUGCGCGCGUUUUUCGUGUGCGUGUGUGUCAGAACGGAUCUGGCGUGUUGGUGUGUUUUUGCCAGUUCGCGCCACAAAACACGCCGAAUGCCGCGUGUUUGGGCCGCCCCAAACAUAAGUGUACAUGUUUUACAAACUGUUUGCCUCUUGCCAAAUGUGUUUAGUUGAGCCCGGAUGUAGGGCUUGAUGUGACGGAGGCGCACCACGUUGUUUUUCCCCCCUCUCCUUCCUCCUUACCCUGAAGCGAACCAUUAUCCCCGUCGUCUGUGGAAAAUGGACCCGGGAUGAAUGGUUGAUGCCUGCAAAAAAAAAACAAAAAGAAAA